AUGCAGCCGGCCAACGAUUGCUGCUGUCGAUGCGGCUCGCCGUGCCAAUUCGUCGCUCGUCACCGAACACUUGGAAGCAAGCUCUUCACCACUGAAAGCGCCGAAGAGGAGGACCCGACGUGCAACAGCAAGAAGCUUCGUCGAGUGAUGCGAAACAAUAUGUCGACGGAUCCGACGGUCUCGAAGCGAGCCAUUCAGAAGGCCGCCGAGGAGAAGCUGUUCGGCAAAUUCAACGUGAUCUGCGCCAAGGGCGAUUUCUCCUAUGUCGCUUACACCGAGACUUAUUGUCAGGUCGCCAAUGAUGACGUCACGUGUUACGCAUUCCGACCGAUGUAA